UGUUACCUUAUCUUGAUAUGCUGAUUAAGUGUGAGCAAAGAUUAAGCAAAUUGGCCAUGAUGUUGUGCGUCUCAAAAUAGCCCUCGAACGCUGCUGAGAGGCUUUGACCAGCGCUCGGAGGAGUAACAGAGGCACACAUUCUGUUACUUUGGCUGUUAAUUUAUUGGUUAAUUAAGCUGAAAUGUGAGCUAUAAGCCACCUCCACGCAACAUGAGCACCACACCGGUCCAGGAGCACCCUGCCCAGGGACUGUCCUCUGGCAGUGGGCAGACGCUACCCUCCCGACCCUUACAGCCCAUCUCUGAUCCCUCAUCUUCCAAGAGGGUGUGCUUCUACAAAAGCGGUGAUUAUAAAUUCAGCGGGCACCGCAUGGUCAUCAACGCCCGCACCUUCAAGACGUUUGACGCUCUACUGGACGCUCUGUCCAAAAAAGUGCCUCUGCCGUUUGGAGUGAGGACCAUCACCACGCCUCGGGGAACUCAUGUGGUCAAGGCUUUGGAUGACUUACACAAUGGGGGAGCUUACGUUUGUUCUGAUCAGAAACGAGUGAAGCCACUAAAUCUGGAUGAAGUGAACCGGCGGCAAGUACCUUGGAACACCACCAGACCACUCAGCGCAAGGCGACGGAGGCGUCAAGGACUCAGAUUUAGUCAGUUCGAGAGAAGGAAUGAAGCCACCAUCAGGCCAGCGAAGAUCACAGAGAGGGCGGCGGUACGGACGCCAAAGAGGCUUGAGGUCAUAAAGAACCGGGAUCCGACUGUUAAACGCACAAUUGUGCUGCAAAGAAGAACGGCACCGACUUUUGAGGCUUUGCUGGAUUACCUUUCUCAUAUCCUGCAGUUCCCAGUGCUGAAACUCUACUCUUUGGAAGGCAGAAGAGUCGACGGUCUCACUGCACUGAUCUUGUGUUCUGGAGUUGUCGUGGCAGCGGGAAAUGAGCCGUUCAGAUUAGGAAACCUUGGUUUUCACAGACCUGGCCAAGUGGGACAGUCUGUGUACGUGGAACCAUCGAUGUUACAACCAACAACACAGAAGAACAAAUCUUUCUCCAGUGGAAGAGGCUCCAGGAACUUCUCCCUGUCGUCAGAGCGAUACAUUGUCAACCAGAUAAACAAGUCUCAAACUGGAAGCAUGAGCAGCCACCCGCAUCACCACCACCAUGAAUCACCUGACACAGAAGUCAACCAGCGCCAUACAUCUAUAGAUACGUGCGGAAGUGAGAGGGUGGACAAGGAUCAUCCUCCUUGCAUCCUGCCUCAGGAGGACGAUAUUGAAAAGUCUUUCCGCGUCAAUCAAGACGGAAGCAUGACGGUGGAGAUGAAGGUUCAUCUGACCAUUAAAGAGGAAGAGAUGCUCCACUGGACUACCACGCUCAGCCGCUCCAGCCUUAGCAAGAGGACAGUUUGUGCCUCUGCUUCUGAGUCAGGCAACAGCUCACCUGACUCAAACAACGCCGUUGCCAAAGCCUCCUCCUCUAUCAGUGAAGAUGAAAUGAAAGAGGAGAACCAUCCCGCCGCUGACGAGAGAAUGUAUGAAGGGUAUACUACUUCAAGUGCUUUGGGCAGAUCAAAAACAGGUUUCAAACGUACUCCUACGCCAGGACCUCGACACGUUAACAAGAAGGCAUCUGUUGAGAGCGUGAAGAUGGUGACGCAGUCAGGGGUCCAAGAAAGCACCCUGGGACAUUAUUCCUACAUGGAGAGGACGGCCGACGGUGAGAUGACUGAGGGCUACUGCGUUGUCAGACACAGCAGCAGCAGCAGCAACAGGCCGAUACCGAAACCCCGGAAAACAGCGUCAGCAGGAGCAAGCAACAAAUGCUCCAGCUCUUCUCUCAGGUCGGCAGGGGUCGCUGAAGUCCUUCAGAUACAGAAUAACGGCAUGGAGGUGACAGAGACUGUGAUGCACAUCUAUGAGAGUCAAGGCUGCUAUGACAACUACGUUGCAAAUGAUGAAUAUAGUGUAGACGGUUUUCCUUUGCACGGCUCCACCCCAGCACCAGAAAGCAAACCAUCCCCUGACUCAGGGCCUGGUUCAUCUAGUAAUGAUUGUGAUAUAGAUUGUAGCUGGCAGCCACCCACUGCUGACUCACUACGGAAAGAAGAGAUGUUGUCGCUGUCAUCAGAAUCAGUAUCUCUGCCACACAAGAUUGCCAACAAUGUGUCUUCAGGGACUGAGAAUGAAGCCCAAACUCCGACGAACCCACAAAUCCAGGAGACGAUUAAAAAUGACAAAAGCAUGAAGAAGAAAAAAGUGAUUAAGUCAAAUAGGAAUAGCUCAGCUUCAACAAGUGGCACCAAUAAAAAACCAAAGGAAGGCACGUCAAAAAAUAGCAAAUAUUCAUCUACUGAAAAGAUAAGCAGUGAUGCCAGUGUGAGAAAUAAGAGUUUGAAUUCAGCAGAAAGUGCUAAAAGUGUUCAAAAGAGUAAAGGGGCACAAAAGAAAUCAGAAAAGUCUCUGUCUACGAAAUCUAUUAAAGAGGAAAAGAAACCCAAGAGGGACUCAGCCUUAUUAGGUAGCAGUGAAAACAUGAAAAUAACCCCUCCUAAGAGACAAACAGCUGCUAAGGACAAUGGCCAUAAUGUAAAUUCUCCAACUGGAAGACCUCAAAUGAAAAAGAGCAUAUCAGAUAUUUUACAAACAAAGAAAUCUAAUUCGGCUGCCAAAAAGACAGUUAACAAGCCAAAAUCCAUGACCGAAAACAUAAUGUUAUCACCUAACAGGUCUGCACAGCCGAGCGAGAGCAUUUCGCUGCCUUCUCUCAAUCCUUCACCCUCUGAAAUCCACCAAUACGUCGAGAGCUGGUUGGAGAACGUCAACCCAGAAGCAGUGCCAUACGCAGAGGAGGCGGUCCCAGAUGAAGCCGAACCUCGGACGAAGGUUGUGUUUCAGAUCGGCGCCGACUCCGAAUCAGAUGAAAAGAGUGAAUGCAAGAAUGAUUUGGACGAAUACUGCGCGUACCCUGACAGUGCAGUCAAGAAAUCUGCUUCUUGUCUGUCAGUUCCCCUUUACCACGAAGGGCCAGCAACCACCAUGCUGCACACCGAACACAAAGCGCUGAGUUUAUGUGUUUCGAUGCCAAGUGUCAGGGUUGACCCCGUGCACCAAGAGAGCUGGCUGAGGUCGCACAAAUCUGCAGAGAACCUCCAUGCAGCUCACAGUGAAGCGGCUUCAUCGAACGUUUUGAGCCCCAAAGCGAAGAUCAAACCCGUCCUGCAGCAACUCUGUUCGUCAAUUCAGUGCAUCAGAAGAGCGUCUGACGGCAACACAACGUCCAGCCUGGAAAAGUCCCACAGUCUUCCGGAUUUCCCAACACAAGUAGCCUCAGUGUUCGGCUCGCCGUGUAAGGCCUUCUUGUCGUUCUUGUCAGUCAUGACUCUGAACGACACUGUAAAAGGCUUCGCGGCAGGAGGAGAAAACAGCCCAUCAAGAACCACCUCCGAGGCCAUGCUAAUGAUGCAAUCCCUGCAGAAAAUCUCCGGCAUAGAGGACGAGGAGGAGCAGAGGGCGAGUCUGACUGAUUUGCAGAGCAGAGCGUCUUCUCAGAUGAGAGAGCGCUGGAAGGAUUUCCAGGUUCUGAGGGAGAGGCUCGAGAGUGAGCCGCUUUCUCCCAAAGUUUCAGAAACCGAGUUUGCGCUGGACGUCGCGUCAGAAGUUGGCGAUGUGUUUGAGGGUCAGCAUUCGGCCAUCGAUGAGCUGAUGGAAGAGCUGAAUAUGCCACAGGAUCUCAGAGAAGAGAUCGUGUCAACAAUCCAAUACGCUAAAAGCUUUUACCCUGUAGAGGAGAGCACGUUUGUAGAAACUGAAAGAAAUCAGUCGGACUCAGAGGAAGAUGUUGAGCAGUUUACGAAAGACUGCAACGGUGAAACGAAGCUAUCACCGGAGCCGAGUAAUUGUGAUGCUGUUCAUAACCAACAGACAAAUAUUAUAAGACACUCAGAUGACAAUCAGGAAUUACAGCAAGAAAGAGAAGAGUUAUUGACAUGUGAAGAAAGAGAGACAGAAGCAAAUGGAGAUGACCAAGUAGAUGAGGGAGAAGGGGUGAAGAUCAGUGAAUGUGGGGAUCUGAAAGAGAUAGAUGGAAACAAUGAAGAGGAAGAUGGGGAAACUGAGGAAAAGACGGAAGAAGAGGCAGAACAGAAGGCAGAGAAAGGAAGUGCUGGCGAAUCUGUUGAGAAAGUUGAAGGAGGGUCAGAGGAAGAGACGGCAGCGGAUGAAGAAGAGGUGAGGGAAAGAUUAGAAGGAGGAGAGGGGGAGGAAAUGGAGGAAGGAUUAGUGGCCGGCGAAGCAAGGGAGGGUGAUAGCGUCGAGGAGAGUGAUGGGAGGGAGGGCGUGGAAGAGACAGAGGAGGAGAUGAAAGGUGAGCCAGAGGAAGAAAACAGCGAGGAGGAGGAGGAGGAGGAGGAAGCUGAGGAGAAGCAAGGGGAGGAGAUUAUUCAGAUGGAAGAAGAAGAAGACGUGGGUGAAAAUGGGGAUGAAGAGAAAGAAGUAGAAAAUGUAAUUGAAGAAAUGUCGGAGGAGGAGGAGAAAAACAAUGAGGAGUCAGAUCAUAUUACUGAGGAUGAGAAGGUAGAGGAGGUAGAAGAGGAAGAGGUAAAGGUAAUAAAGGGAGCUAGUGAGGAGAUAGAUGAGGAAGAGGAGGUAGGAGAUGAAAGUGAAGAAAUGGAGGAAGAGGAGGAGGGGAAAGAGGAGGAGGAGGAAGGAGAAGCUGAUGCAUUUACUAGAACAGUUCAAGUAGAGGAGAAAGAUAUUGAGGAGACAGAUGAGGAAGACAAAAUGGAAGAGGAAACUGAGCAGAGAAAUGAGGAAGAUGAGGAAGAGGCAGAUGAGGAGGAGGUGAUUGAAGAGAGAAAUGAGGAAGAUGAGGAAGAGGCAGAUGAGAAGGAGGUGACUGAAAGAAAUGAGGAAGAUGAGGAAGAGGCAGAUGAUGAGGAGGUGACUGAAGAGAGAAAUGAGGAAUAUGAGGAAGAGGCAGAUGAUGAGGAGGCGAUUGAACAGAGAAAUGAGGAUGAUGAGGAAGAGGGAAAAGAAGAAGAGAAAGAACAGAUAACAGAGGUGGUUAUGGAGGAAAACACUGAAGCUGAGGAGGAGGACAGUCAGGAGGAAGAUGAAAGGGAAAAUGAGGAGGAACAGGAGGAGGAGGAUAUUGAGGUCAAAAAUACAGACGACAUUAGAUCCAGGGAAGUCACAGACGAGGAUGAGCAAGAAAGUGACAACUAUACAGAAGAUGAAAAAAAAUGUGAUGAGGUUGAAGAUAGCAGGAAGAAGAUGGAGAAAACAGGAACUAGUGAGGAGGAAGAAUCAAUAGUAGAGAAGGAAGCUGUUGAGGAGUUAGCCAGGCAAGUGGUCGAUGAUGUGGAAGGGGAAGAAUUGAACGAGGAGUCAGAUCAGGUUGAAAAGCCGUCAGAUGAUGAAGCAAAAGAAGGAAAGAACACAGAGGACAGUUGUUCAGACGAUAGGGAUUGUAAAAACGAGCUAGAAGAGGCUUCCUAUUUGCAGCCAUGUGCGAGUAGCAGUGAAGAAGAAAAUGGAGAACGUAACACCGAAUCCCCAAUUAAAUAUUCCUCUGAGGGUUCGUGUGAGGACGACAAAGGCAACGGAACGGACACCGUUAACGAACUCGACGACAACGAGGAGGCAAGAAGCAACAGUUCAGCUCAUCCGGCGGAAAUUUCACAGGAAUUACUUGACUUUGUGAACUACGCCCUCCAGUCCUCCUCGCUUAUAUUCACAUACGACACCCUGGGGAACAUCAGGAUUGAGCCCGACAAUGCUCGCGUCGUGCAAACUCCAAUAACUGCGGUCACAAAGAGCAGAAAGGACAGUUCUUAUGGUUUGAAGCGUCUCCCGAGCCCAAACACCUCCGAUUUAUCUGAUUACAGACCAGAAACAUCAGAAAGCGGUGGUUAUAAGUCUCAGGAGUCGGUAGAUAUCGCUUCAGAGAGUGGAGAAGAGGCCCCAGAGAAACCUGCUCCAACAAAUGUGGAGUGGAACCCAACACUGUCCGCUGCAAGUAAUUCAAACAGCUCAGGGAGUUUUCCCUCCACUGAUUCAGACACCAGAGCCUCAAGGGAUCUGUCUUAUUUCAGUGCUGCAAGCUCAUUAAAAGCAGACGCCGAAGCCCCAACACAGGCCGCUCAGUGCAUUUCAUUUAACUCCACUGAUGGGGUUUUGAUUGAUCGAGGUAGGUGGCUCCUAAAGGAGAACCAUCUCAUUAGAAAAUCUCCUCCAGUCUCUCUGGGAAUGUAUGAUAAUCUGGACAGCACAUCCCUGGACACCGGUCAGGAGAACAACAGCGAGGAUUCCCCACCUCCUCACAAAACCCAGACCAACCUCCUCACAACCUUAUCCUCGUCUGAGCUCGAGGAGAUGGCCAAGCCUCAAACCCCAAAGUGCACCUACUUCAAUAUGCCCCACGGGAGCGACUCAGACCCCUUCCUGGACGAGGCCAGUGUCAAAAGUGGGAAAAAGGGUUCAGGCAGUGUCACUGGGAGAGGCUUCAGGGUGUCGCCUACCGUUGAUACCUCUAAAACUUGGACAAACAGAAAUGGCAGCCUGUCUUCGUUUGCAUCAGUGGAGUUUAAAGUCCCAGACAGGAAAGUGCAUCCUGAGGGGGAGUCCUCAGCUGUGGCCGAGACGAGAAGGACACCUGGUGGAGGAGGGAACGUAUUGCGAGCGCAAGACUCACUGGAAAACCUGCACGUGAGAUGUGGCCAAUACUGUCCAAUACUAUGAAAGCAGGACGUUAUAUUCAUCAAGAACUUUCACACAGUUAUUUUUCUUGUAACAGAGCUAGAAAGGUUUUAUUGUUUGCAGCCUCACCAGACUCAUAGAUGUGUGUGUGGUGACUGAGAAGAGUUGUGCCUCUUAUUCCUGUUUUAAUAUAGACAAAAAUAUAAGUUUACACGUGAUAACUUUAUUAUUGUCUUUCUAGUGGUGGUAUAUAUUUUUACUCAUUCAAUGCUCCAAAUUGUUGAUCACUGUAAUAUUUAUCAUGACUAUUGUUCGUUGAGAUUAAUGAAGAAUGUGCAGUAGGUGUUCAUUUCAGGAUUUUGACAAAUGAUUGUGUCAGCUGAAAAACUAAUUCGAAAGCAGCUUUAACUUACAUAGGAAACAGUGGUGCAAUAUAUAUUUUUUUAUUGUUGUGGCUUGAAAAGUCUUUGGUAUUCUGAAAAUAUCUUGAGAAGCAACAGAAGCUGUGAGGAUGAAACAUGACAGACGCAAUCGAAAGUGCAAGAUAUUUACCUCAGGAUGUGGUUGAGACCAAAAACAGAGCAAAAAAAAUAAUAGAUUUAAAUUCGUCCGGUGUACUCAAACACCAAAUGAAUGAUGACGGUGCUCUGUAUCUGUAAUAAUCAACCUUGAAUGUGAGGAAGAGAGCGUAGCAUAGAGUAGUUUAAUAGUCUAAUAGCAUAAUAAGUCAUAUAAGUCAGAUUUUUUUCAGAAAACAAGAAAAAAAAUUAGCAAGCACAUUGAUAUUUUUAUUGAUAUUGAGUUACAAUUGUAACAAAAUGGCUUAUUAUACAAUUAUGCUAUUAGCCUAAUGAUAUAGUGCAACCAGAGAACAUUAGAGAGAGUCUGACCAACUCAUAUCAUGAGUGCCAUGUUAGAUACAUCAGAGGGAAGAUUAAGUAAAACCCUAUGGGGUGGAUGUACUAUGUUGAAAUAAAUCGCUUAUUUUCACCACUAACCGGCCCAUAAAUAUUACUGCCAGCAUCUGUCAAUAUGUAAAAGGUCCUCACUUACAUAUCCCAGCGUCUACUUACUUUAAAUAUCUUAAAUGAGCCUGUAAAAUAGUAGCCCAAUCACCUCAUCAGUCACAGAGCUGUGUUUACCUUCCCCUCAGACUCAGAAAACAUCACCGUUUAAAGUUUGAAAUUACUCAGAAAAAUUACAAAUAUUAAGAAAUAGUGAAAAUUAAACCAGUCUUACUGCUAUUUAGUAUUAUCAUUAUAGCAUUAGCACGCUAGCCAUAAUAACUUAGGAGUAACCCAGCCAUAGUCUAUCUACAUCUACAUAAGUUACAUGCACACGUGGGUUUCACACUAUAUAUGAUGGUAGCUGCUAUUUUUCUAAACCUUUAGUAACUAGCUAGCAUAAAGUUAGCAUAAGGCUUGGUUAACUUCAAACUUCAUUCAUUUGAAAAGCGGUGUUGGACAUUUUUAAGAUAAAGGUUCACAUUAAUGAUGGUAUGACUUUAUUUUACCUGCAUAAAAUUUUAACAAACAGUCAUUUACCUCAUAAUAGGGAGAAAUCAGUUGACAUCUACAGUAGUUUUUCCCUUUAACCUUCUGCUCCCACAACUUUCUCCGUUUUUGUUCAUGGUGGAGUUUCUUCCCUGUUUCCUGAUCUUGGCAUAUUUUAACUUUUAAUACAAUUUUCUUCUCUGUUAUUGCCACUUCUCUAUCGGUGAAUAUUGAUUAGACGUAUCUAACAUGGCGCCCAUGAAACACGGUAUCAGCUCAGAACCAAUCAUCAUAGGAUAGCUCAGACGGUUCAUUCCCUAGUUGACCAGACUCUCUCUAAUAUACGGCUCUGAGUGUAACUUGAUUCUGCUGCCCCCUACAGGUUUGAAGGUUCCAUUACGCACCACCAGCAUAAAACUGACAUUCAUAAAUCUCGUCAGGUUAAAGUUUCAUCAAAUGUAAAGGUAUUGAAAUAUUGGAGAAACAAGAUCCUCGGGAAAAGCAGAAGAAUGGGUUCCUGGGUUUUAACUUCCUUUUUGUGCCUUCUUUCAGCGCCACACGCUGGAUGUGUAGCUGAAGUUGUCAACAUGUACAACAUGACAGCAUUUUAACCGUGUUGAAUGUGAACCUGUGAUUAAAGCUCAUUCACGCUCGUUUUUCAGAUCAGAAACAACAAAUAAAGACG